ACCCAAUCCAGUCCCGUCCAGCGCAGUCUACAACUGUCGCUUUUGUUGAGAAAUGGAACAAGUCGGUCCCGACAGCGCAACCAACUCGGCGAUGGCGUCCUUCCGCGCAUCGCCCGUCCCCGCUGGGCCUUCCAGCAGCGUCCCCCAACCUGUCAUGGACUUUGAAGAGUCGGACGACUCGGAGGAUGAAGGCGCGACUGCGACCGCGACGACGACCAAGCGUGGCAAGCAGGCUGCCAAGGACAGCGAAAACUCAGAGUUUGCCGCUCAGAUUGCCAAAGACAAGGCGAAUCGAUUUCAGUUUCUGCUCAAGCAGACUGCCAUUUUCGCCCACUUUCUUGCUGACGGCCGACUGGACCAGACUGCGAUGAAGAGCAAGCUUGAUGCCGCCUCAACCUCAGCCGACGCGCCCGCAGCAAUGGAUGUCUCGGAAGACGCCGCCCCUCCAAAGUCUCCACAACGCCGCCGUCGCCGCAACCAAGAGGCCGAGGAUGCUGAACUGGUCAAGGAAGAGCUGACUGGCAAUGAAGGACCCUCCGCCUUCAUGUUCACAGAGUCGCCUCCGUACAUUGAAGGUGGCAAGAUGCGAGACUACCAGAUUCGCGGCUUGAACUGGAUGAUUCAGGCCUACGAGAACGGCAUCAACGGCAUUCUGGCAGAUGAGAUGGGUCUCGGAAAAACACUGCAAUCCAUCUCGAUGCUCGGCUACAUCAAAAACAUCAAAAAGAUCAAGUCGCACAAUCUUCUCGUCGUGCCCAAGUCGACGCUGACCAAUUGGAUGAAUGAGUUUCGUCGUUGGUGCCCUUCUCUGCGUGUCAUCUGCUUCCACGGUCCGAAGGAGUGGCGUGCAGAGUUUGCCCAGACCACACUGGCCCCGGGAGACUGGGACGUCUGCGUGACGUCGUACGAAAUCACCUACCGCGAGAAGGCAGCACUGCGCAAGUUCAACUUCCACUACUUGGUUUUGGACGAGGCCCACUCGAUCAAGAACGAGGCGUCGCGCCUGGCAACGGUGCUGCGCGAGUUUAAGACGAAAAACCGCCUGCUCCUGACAGGCACACCGCUGCAAAACAACCUGCAUGAACUGUGGGCGUUGCUCAACUUUCUGCUUCCCGACAUUUUCGCCUCGUCGGACGAUUUCGACGCCUGGUUUUCGCUGACUUCGAGCACCGACCAGCUCGAGGUCGUGAGCCGCCUGCACGCCAUUCUCAAGCCGUUCUUGCUGCGUCGUCUGAAGGCCGAGGUGGAGAAGAGUCUGCUGCCCAAGAAGGAGACGAAAAUCUACAUUGGACUCACGCCAAAGCAGCGCGAGGUCUACCAGGGCAUUCUGCUCAAAGACCUCGAUGUGGUCAACUCUGGCAAUGCCAACAAGGUUCGCCUUUCCAAUAUUUUGAUGCAGCUGCGCAAGUGCUGCAACCAUCCGUAUCUGUUUGACGGCACCGAGCCGGGCCCGCCUUACACGACAGACAAGCACUUGCUGGACGCGUGCGGCAAGAUGAGUGUUCUCGACAAGCUGCUCCCGAAGCUCCAGGCUCAAGGUUCGCGUGUGCUCAUUUUCAGCCAAAUGACCCGCAUGCUCGACAUUCUCGAAGACUACUGCAUGUGGCGCGGUCACACCUACUGCCGUCUCGACGGUCAGACCGACCACGAGGAUCGCGCUCGCAUGAUUGACGAGUACAAUGCCCCCAACAGCUCCAAGUUCCUCUUUUUGCUGUCCACCCGUGCCGGUGGUCUUGGCAUCAACCUCUACACGGCCGACACGGUCAUUCUGUACGACAGUGACUGGAACCCCCAAAUGGAUCUCCAGGCACAGGAUCGUGCCCACCGCAUUGGUCAAAAGAAGCAGGUUCGCAUCUUCCGCUUUGUCACCGAAAACACGGUGGAGGAGCGCAUCAUUGAGCGCGCCGAGAUGAAGCUGCGACUGGAUGCCAUGGUCAUCCAGCAGGGUCGCUUGGUCGAGCAGCAAAAGGCGCUCAACAAGGACGACAUGCUUUCCAUGAUUCGCUUUGGUGCCGACCGCGUGUUCAAGACGGAAGACGCCAUGAUUACCGAUGACGACAUUGACGCAAUUCUCACCAAGGGCGAGGUGAAGACCGCCGAGUUUAACGAGAAGCUCAAGGAGCUCGGCGAAGAUCGCCUCAAGUCCUUCUCGCUCGAUGCUGAUGAGCGCUCCUUGUACAACUUUGAUGGUGAAGACUACCGCCGCAAGCGACAGGCCAACAGCAUCAAGAACUGGAUUGAGCCACCGAAGCGCGAGCGCAAGCAGACCUACUCGGUGGACGCCUACUUCCGAGAGGCCCUUCGCGUCACGUCGAACGCGACCGAAAAGGACGCGGGUGCUGGUUCCUCGAAGGCCAAGCCGCCGCGCCCUGCCAAGACGCCCAACAUUUCCGACUUUCAGUUCUUCCCUUCGCGUCUCUUUGAGCUCUUGCAGCAGGAGAUUUAUGCCUACCGCAAGCAGCUCGGCUGGAAGCCAACGGCACCCACGCCCGAGGAGAUUGCGGCCAGCAGCGGCGUCGACCUGGUGGCCGAGCACGAGCAAGAGUGCGAAAAGAUUGACCAGAGCGAGCCGCUGUCCGAGGAGGAGACUGUCGAGCGCGACCAGCUGCUCGAGCAAGGCUUUAGCAACUGGAACCGCGCCGACUUCCGCGCCUUUUUGCGUGGGUGCGAAAAGUACGGCCGCUGGGCGACUGCGCUGAUUGCCUCCGAGGUUGAGAGCAAGUCCGUUGCUGAAGUGGACGAGUACGCCAAGGUGUUUUGGGACCGCUAUCGCGAGGUCGCAGACUCGGACAAGUACUUGGAACGUAUUGAGCUGGGUGAGUCCAAGAUUCGCCGUCGCGAGGAAAUCCAGCAAAUUCUCGGUGCCAAGAUGCAGCUCUAUCGCUCUCCUUUCCAGCAACUGCGCGUCGUCUACUCUACCUCUGGCCGUGGUCGCUGCUUUACGGAAGAGGAGGAUCGAUUUUUGAUCUGCAUGCUGUACAAGGUUGGCUAUGGCAACGAGACGGCGUACGAUGACAUUCGCCGUGCCAUUCGUGCCGCCCCACAAUUCCGAUUCGAUUGGUACUUGAAGUCUCGAACGGCUGUGGAACUUCAACGCCGAUGCACGUCACUGAUCCAAUUGAUCGAGAAGGAGAUGCUCGACCAACAGCAAGAAAAGGAGGCCGCCGCUCCGUCCGACUCGAGCAAGCGCAAAAAGCCGUCUCGGGAAACGUCCAAUAAGAAACCGCGUCUUGAGGACGAGGAUGUCGACGCGCCAUCUCCUGUCCCGACCAAGUCUUCCCGCAAGUAGCGGCGCCUUUCCGUUUUGAUACCGAGCAGCAUUGUUCCUGAAUUUGGUCGUGUUCUUGUUUUCUACUGCACUCGUUUUUUUUUGAAAGAGAUGAUAAACUCGAUUAUUGUACCCCACCGGACCAGCAAGUUUCUGACGCCCAUUGGAUGCAUUUGGCGGUACAUGUUCAUCAAUGCCACUCGAAGCACUCUUGCGCAGUUUCGCAAACUCUGAAACACUUUUAAUAACUCUGAAACACUUUUAAUAACU